AUGGCUCCAACCUGCUCCAAGUCAUUUUACUACGAUGAAUUGAUGGGUGCAUGCGAACCCUGUCAGCUGCGGUGCAACAAUCUGCAAACACGACCCAGCGUGUGCCAGGAUGACAUCUGUCUCGAAAUUCCAGAAUCUUCCACGUCUACCUGGAGUAAUGUGACAGUUCGAAACUUCUGGGUUAUUAUUGGAUUGCUUCCACUUUUAAUUAUAGUGUUGUUUGUCUUCGCAUUUGUUCUUCGAAAAUUACAUCAAAGGAAAUCAAGAACAUUGUUUAAAUCUACAGAGGUUACAUACGACAGCAGUGCCAUUGUUUCAGGUUCCAAGGAACACACUUUGGCUAAAGAUGAACAGAGAUUCUCUCCUGUGAGGAAUCAACAAUAUGAACUGUGUGUGGAAAGUGAAGUUACCAAUUGCACAUCUCGAGGAAAUGGAAUGAAGAAGUUGGUAGCAGGUACUCAGGAAAACUGUGACUGUGAUGCUUCACUUCCUUUACCAGCCACUGAAGAAGGAGCAACAAUUCUUGUCACAACCAAAACUGUGGAAUGGUGUAGCAAAAAGUUAAAUCCUGGAUCCAAGAGACCAAAAUUCUAAGUUUGGUGGAGACAAUGCCGGGUAUUUGAACAGCUUACUUUGUCAAUCCCAGAGCAGAGCUGUGCAUUGGCCUUUUUACCAGGAAUAUUACUUGUACAGCUUGGCAACUAUCUGUUUUUCUUACUCUGGCAGAUCUGUAUCUCCUUCCCCGUGCAACUGCUUGGGUGGAGGCCUGGAAGUGAAUUUUCUACGUAUAAACUGUACUAGGCUGAAAAUAUAACUCAAGCCAAUGCAGGAAUUUCCACUGUUUUUUGAAGUGUUAAUCUGCUGGAGAUGUCAUACAGAUGAUAAGCGAAGUGAAAAUAUUGCCAGAUUUUGCUUAAUAUUAAAUAAUCACAUGGCUUAUCCAGUUUAUAUUAAAUUGCCACAUCUUCCAUUCCUGAUUUUGAACAAAAUUAAAAUCUUGUUGAUCCAACACAUUAGCUUAACCGUUUUCUAACUUAACAUUCACUUUGCUUAUUGAAACUGUAUUCCAAGACAUCUAUUCUUUAAAUAUACAAUAUCAAAGUUAUGUAUGUCUUUGUACCUGAUUAAUGAUCUUUGAACUAAAUAAUAUUAAAAUAAAAUGAUGUGUCAUAACACUUUGGAUUUCAAUUGUCUUGACCAUACAAUUACUCA